AAAAGAAAAAGAAAAACUGAGUUUCAGGACAUGUAGCCAUAACUUGUGUCUCAGUGAUUUGGUGAAGCUCAAGCUGGCAUGCACUGUUUGAUUGAAUAAAAGGCCAGCUGUAGAGAUUUCUCUCUCCAUUUUUUAGCACUAUUUAUACCACAGAUAGUUCUGCCUUGAAUCAGUAUCAAGUGACUAGUAGCUUUCACAUUUUCUUCCCUUCUCUUUCUAAAGAUGGCUUUGAAAGCUAUGCUCUUUUUGUUCACCACUUUUCUUGUGUUUACUGCAACAGUUUCAUCUAAAGAUGAGGAACUCAAGGAGGUCACUUAUGUCAAAGAGCCAGAACCAGCACAACCUCCUGCUAAGGUCCCAGUUUAUGCACCACCUCCACCUGUGAAGACGCCACCAUCUCAAUCUCCUCCACCAAAGGCACCAGCUUAUGCACCACCACCACCUGUGAACACACCACCAUCUCAAUCUCCUCCACCAAAGGCACCUGCCCCUGUGCCCCCAGUUGAGCCACCCACUUCUCCACCACUGCCCCCAGUGAAGUCUAAACAAGAUUGUAUCCCCAGAUGUGAUCAGAGAUGUCAAUUACAUAACCGGAAGAGAGUGUGCAUGAGAGCCUGCAUGACAUGCUGUGACCGCUGCAAGUGUGUUCCACCAGGAACAUUUGGUAACAGGGAAAAAUGUGGCAAGUGCUACACCGAAAUGACCACUCACGGCAACAAAUACAAGUGUCCUUGAAUGGCCUAUAUCACUUGGAUGGUUGUAUUUUCUAGAUCUGUAAUAAGUAUUGAGAAGAGGGUGAAAACAUUUGGUUUUCCACGCAGUGUUCUUUUUACUAGCUAGCUACUUCCUGAAGCAAUAAAUUGUGCAUAUAGUGCUAGGCCAAGAAUUGUUUUGUGGUGUUCAAUACAUUUUCCCAUUUUGCUA